CCGGGCGCAACAUGCUGACCAAACUGAACCCAAUAGCAAUCUGCAUUUUCCUGGUUGUGAUGCAGGCAAGAGGACUGAUGCUUUCCAGACUCAGAAACUUUUAUCCAGAAGGCAUCCCAGCUGAUGCAGUCGAUGACGCAUUGGAACACUGCCGAAAGUUGACAGGAUCUCGAGAUCUUGACAUGCCACACAGCGAAUACACCCGAUUCUUGAACUCAUGCGUAUUUCAGCGACUCAGUAUGGAUGCACUAAAGUCCGAAAGCUGAUCAGAGAUUGUUUCUUCAGAUAUCAUUCACCUUCUGGAGACAAAAGAACUGCGAUAUCUGGACCACCCUCAAACAAACUGCUUUGGCCGGUAACACACAAUCUUUCUUCACAGCGUUGAAGACUGCUGUGUUCCCUACAUUGACCAAUGAUUUAGUCAUAUCUCCCCUACCGCCCACUCCAUGAUCCCAUGAGUUUGUCCGGAUAUCACAGUCAAAUGUCUCUUUAAUGACUCAAAUACAAUCAUGG